AUGAGCAAGGUCGAAGGAUUGGACACCAUCUUGGUCACGGGCGGAGCGGGCUUUGUGGGAUCCACACCAUUGUCGUGGUCGUGGACUCCUGCAUCAACUCCCACCCCGAAGGAGGGCCGUGACCUGCCGCCCGUCCUCGAGAGGGUGCAGGACCUCACCGGCCAGACCGUGACCUUCCACCACCUGUCGAUCCUGGAUCGCGAGGCGCUCAAGGAUGUCUUUCUCAAGCACAAGGUCGACGCCGUCAUCCACUUCGCGGCGCUGAAGGCUGUUGGCGAGAGCGUGAAGCGCCCCCUCGACUACUACCACAACAACAUUACUGGAACGGCCACGCUCCUGCGGGUCAUGGGCGAGGUCGGCGUGAAGAGGCUCGUGUUCUCUCUCGUCGUCCACCGUCUACGGCCCCGCCAAGUACUUCCCGACGGACGAGGAGCACCCGACGGGCCAGGGCGUGACCAACCCCUACGGCAGGAGCAAGUUCGUGUGCGAGGAAAUGAUGAAGGAUUUGGCCAAGGCGGAGGAGAACAAAAGAAAAUUAACCUGAUGCUGCUGGAGAUGGCAUACAGCACGCACAUGCCAUACCCAUAUUGA